CUGAACAAGGUGUGGCCUGUUAUUGAACAUCGGACGGAAUUUCAACAGAAACCACUGGUGGCAAACACGCUGACUACUUUCCAACAAGUGAGUGGUUUGGCUUUAUAUUGUGGAACAUUUGUUGAAUUGUGAAAUCGUGUCUGGAGUAAGAUCACAUCAGUUAGGCUACGCUUUCUUUUUUCGCAAUGUUAUCCUUUGUUUUUUAAAAUAGGAAUUAAAAUAUCUUGUUGUUGGAAUUGCAACAAUAGUUUUUUUUUUGUAUCAACAUUUGUUCAGCCUAGUUCAAACGCUUUACUGAUAUUAUUUUAUUGGUUAUGUAGCCUAUGAUUUAAGACCACCGAUUUUGUUUCUUCUUGAGCGGAUGGUCGGGGAGGUGCUGAAAAUAAUUACAAAUAAUUUGUAGAUUGCAAGUUGACCGCAAGAAGCUCUAAUAUAAUGUUUGAUAUCAUGUUUGACAAAAACAUAAUCAUUUCAAACCUUGCAUAUUAUUUGUUUUUACAGUCUUUUAUGUCCAACAAAUAAUUUAAUUUUUGCUCAGAAAACUUGGGGGGACCAAAUAAAACCACCCGGGUCAAAUGCGUUCAGCUGGCCACUAGUUGGGGAACCCUGAUUUAAGAAAUCAGCAAAACAUGUUAGUUACCGUGUCAUUAUUCAGGUUUAAAAAUGUUGCAGAUAGAUAUAAAUAUAAUCUGGUUGACAAGUAAUAUGUGGAUUAGAGAAAACUGCAGAUAAUUGUCCUCUCAAAUUGUUUGAAGCUGAGUACCCCACUGAAAACACCUCUUUGUGGACUGUGUUUGGGCUUUUCUUACACUUGUCACACCUGUUCUCACUGUUUCCCUUGGGGGGGGGGAAGCCUUGUGUCAUUAUUCCCGGAGUUUUGUAUCCGUCCUGUGGACACUGAUGCAGUGAGAUGUAUGUUUCUUUACUUAAUUCUAAUGUUUUUACUCUCUCUUCAACAGAGCUCAAACAGUUUUAUACAGAGAGACCCUUAGGGCCCCAGUGAAUUCAGGAAUGUCUUCCAAGCCCAACGGGAGUCCGCCUCCCUAUGAGUCAGAUGGAUAGUAAGUCUUAACUUUUACUUUACCCCUACUAUACAUAUUUGAUAUACUUUCGGUGGAAAAGGCAUGAACAUGAACUUUUACGUAAAGGUUUGAUCUUGUAUUAUGUUUAUCGAAAACCACAGUAGUACGAAUACUCAUACUAUACGAUGUGUUUGCUUAAUAGAGAUUGUAGAUUGUUGUUGACCCAAGGCAGUUUAUCUCUCCUCUAUAUGUGUCACACACACACACACACACACACACAAUUGUCUUUGCUAACUCGCUCAUCCUACAAUUGAUGUUCCUACACUUGACACCCCCACUCUAUUUCACAAUCCACGUUUAACCGGUUGUCUGUCUCCCUCUGCAGUCAUGAGCCACCCCAGCCAGCGUACUCCUACUACCCCGACGAUGAGUUCCAGCACUUCUACAAAUGGACGUCCCCCCCGGGCAUCAUCAAGCUUAUGUCCAUCAUCAUCAUCGUCCUCUGUGUGGCCAUAUUCGCCUGUGUGGCCUCCACGCUGGCCUGGGACAGCCAGGGCGCCAUGUCCGGCUUCGGGGGCUACGGGGGCUACGGGGGCAGCUCGUAUGGAGGCGGUGGUUACUCCGGUAGCUUCGGUGGUGGUGCCUAUGGCGCUGGUAACAACUACGGCUACGGCGGACUCGGCGGGAACUACAAUGACCCUCGUACAGGCAAAGGGUUCAUCAUUGCCAUAGCAGCAUUCACCUUCAUCACGGCCCUUGUCAUUUUCAUCAUCGUGGUGUCGAGGCAGGGCCUGUCGGAGUCCAGAAGGUUCUACCUGGCUGUGGUGAUCAUCUGUGCUAUCCUGGCCCUGCUUAUGCUCAUAGCGACUAUAGUGUACCUGGUGGCGGUGAACCCCAUGGCUCAAUCUACAGGAUCAAUCUAUGGGAGCCAGCUGGCAGGCCUGUGUGCCCAGUACCAGGGGCCCCAGGUUUCGGGAAUGUUGGUCAACCAGUAUCUCUACCAUUACUGUGUGGUGGAGCCUCAGGAGGUGAGCAUACUUUGUGUGUGUGUUUGUUUGCGAGAGAAAGAGGAUAUGUGUGCCACCUUUAGCUGCAUACUUCCUCUCAUUUGUGGUGGUGUCUGGGUCUGUGUGUCUCUUCUCUCACCCCACUUCCCCCUCCUGACCCAGGCCAUAGCGAUGGUGUUUGGCUUCCUGGUGGCGGCGGCUCUGAUCAUCAUGAUGGUGUUUGCCUUGAAGACGCGUCAGAAGAUCAGGAACUACGGCAAGUCCAACAUCCUGUGGAGGAAGGUGAAGAUCAUCAACGAGGAGGCCCCGCCCCAGGACGUGGAGGCAUGGGUGAGUUAGGGAGCAGAUGGGCAUACAUGCUGAAUGUCAAAUAUUUUUCCUCGAUUCCUUGUGUCCUUCUCUUUCACUUGCAUCCCACUCAAAUCCUCAGAAGGAUGCAAGGAGAGGAAAUGUGGAAACAAUGAUCAGAGGAAACGCACUUGUAAGAAAUGAGAAAGUACGGUUUCAUAUUGAUUUCACCUGUUAGGCGUUUGAUCAUGGAGGAUAGGACAGAAAUGAAGGAAGACAUUUUACACACUUGAGAUGCUCUCAGAUUCUAUUCAAAGGCAAUAUUUCCUCUAAACAUGUAUAGCUACAGUGCUAGCGGUAGGAAAUCGUAUCUGCGGAGUUUGUCUGACCAUAUAGUUUAAUUCCCUUCCUGAAGGCUGUAUGAAGGAAGAAAGGAGGGGACAUUUUUUAGACCGAUCCAGUUGUUAGGAAAGACAGCCUACACAGAAUUGUAGCACUUUGUUCACCUUAACCCUUCAGGGUUUUCCGGCUCUGAACAAACUGCUGCGGUGAGAGCUGUUGUUGACCUCUGGUGGUUUCAGUGAAAUCAGGUACUGUGUUCUCAUGCAUGGAGAAGGGUUAGUCAGGCCAAUAUAUCUGCCUGUUGACUGUUUGUUCUACAGCAGUAGUCUGAUAGGUAAAGCGGUAAGACCUGUUCUCCCAUAGUCAGCAGCGUAUUGGAGCUAUGAGGAGAGGGAAGAGAGCUCUCUCACACUCAGUUUCUGGGUGUGGUUUGUCUAUGGUGGUUUCACUCCUGCUCAGUCAGUAAAAUGGCAGGUGGAAUAAUGCCUUCAAAAACAAAAAUGUCAGUUGGGAGGUAUAUUAUUUGGGAUUUCAAGAGGUUGUCUCAGAAUGAGGACUGUAAGCAGUUAAGGAAAAACAUGGUCAAUGCUCAAAAGUAAAAAGAUGAGUCAACGAUGAAUCAUGGUUUCUGAAACUAUUCUUAGAACACCCGCUUUCCACAUACCUAAAUCAUGACAAUGAAGUGUGAGUUCAGUCAAGAUAGUAAAUGGCUGAUAGUCAAGGUAGGUUUCAGUGUGGCCCAACAAAAUGAUUUAACAUUUACACACUGCAGCUUUUCUCACCAAACUCACAGCUGGUAUUUGAGUUUUACCCUAGAGGACAAUGGGAAAGAGGAAGAACUGGUCUGACUAGUAUUUAAACCCAUGCUGACCAAUACAAGCAAAGUAGACGCAUACACAUGCACAACAUUACAGAACAGCAACAUGACCCUGAGAAACUGAAGAGGUGGAGAAGUGCUGUUGCAGUGUUAUUGCAUGGAUGAGUGUGUCCUCCCUGGUCUACUGAUUACUCUGAUGGGAAAUUCUGUCCGUCCACAAACGACCUCUACCUAGUUACCUACCCCUUAGGCACUUGUGGAGAUCUAAGAGGAGUGGAUAGGCGUAAACCAUACUGUGAACAUUCCACUUAGCCUAUCGGCGAUACUACCAUAUUGCUAGCCUUAUACCUAUGCAAUUAGCUAUUUCAGAUCUUAACAAAGUGCCAACACAGAAGCUCCCAGCACUACUGUAGUGGCUGGCUGAGCUCUGGGAAGGAAAUUGCAAGUCUCAACCUGUCAGUGUAAAUGUAUCUUACUAUCAAGUUGGUACAACGCCAUCAAAUAGAGUAUGUCAUUGUUUUGAUGAGGAUUCACUCUAAGCAUGAUGUGGAAUUUCACUCAAUACUUCUAUUACUGUACAUUUGCAUUUCAAUGCCCCCCUCUACACAGAUAGGCCUGGCCUGUUCAGAUUACACUUUUUCAAUUUGUAUCUCAAGGCUGUUCCGUCGCCACAGUACAAAUAGUAUGAUUAUCUCGCCUGUUGUGAGUUAGGUCACUGACGAACAUGUUGUGUUCCGUCUGCAGGUGAACAAUGUGUCAGGUUUUCCUGAUGAAGGUGUGGUGUUGACCGAAUACCCAGAGAAGUUUGGAGGAUCCAGGAGUCACCUGGACGACACCAGCACCAACUACGACAAACCUCCCUACAGUGACAGCCCAGCGUGAGUACAGUACAGUUACAGACAGGCUUACACUACAACUACAGCUCACUUUAGUACAGACUAGAUUAGAUCUGGGGAAUUGAUCAAAGACCAAUUACCUGAUUUGCAGAGCAACAUUUAGGUAACACUUGGAUGACCCCUUAGAAUGUAUUAUCAUCUCAUAAAGUUAUACUGGGAAUUAAACAGAGAUUUAACUACCAAAGGGAAGUAAAGCUAUCUACAUUGGUGCAUGGAACAUUAGGUAAUGAAACAAGAUGGCGGUGGGCUAUUUGAGAAGAUUGUUCUGUUUUCUGCAUAUGUCAGUGCAGACCAGUGUAGUGCUUCCACCGUAAUGGCAGGUUUAAGGUUGAUCCUAAUCUUAUGGUGUUAUUCUACACAGCUGGGAGGGACGAUAGCAUGUUAGGGCUUGCUGCAGUACUGAGAUGACUGGCCGUGUGUGUGGUGUGUUUGUGUGGGGGGGUGUGGGCGUAUGUGUAUUUUUCUGUGCAGAAGACGGAGAACCUUGAAAUGGAUGAAUUCUUCCGUCCAUAUAAAGUCCAUGUACUGUAAGACACUAUGCUAUGAAAGGACAGUGUUAAUGGUAGGUGAGGGCUAUAGUGAAGGAAGUGUGUGACAUUACCUCUCCACUCCUUUCCCCUCCAUCUGACUAUGACAUCAUCAUCAUCACAGUGAACGAGCCUGUAUUUCCAUUGCUGGAGAGGAGUAACUGUUGUCUUGUGCAACAAACUGAAAGUCAGGCAUAGGCUUGCUUGGCAUUUCACCAAGAUUGGAUUUGUUUUUGAAUAAUAUUCUUCAAAAAAGAUGUCACCAGACCAGAACCCUUGCAAAAAUGGGCUAUCAUCCCAUGAUCAAUUAUGUACAUUCCCUAGUCCCAAAUAAAAAUCCAGAGUGGUUGUACUGUAUUUGUAAUAAGUGUUUAUCACACAACCUGGAUGUCUGAUGUCAGACAGUUGUUUUUAAGGAACAAUAGUGGGAUGAUUAUCUUAGAUGUAGGAACUUAGAAAGAAAUACCACCCCUGGACUUUGUGUGAUCACACAAAUAGCAGGAGAGAUUGGUCUCAUGUCAGAAUGAACCUUUUAUUAUCAUUAUUUGGCAUGAAGAAAUCUUUCUGGCAGAACCAAAUGUUUCCUUUUGUGCAAUCAUCAGUCAUGGAUGGUACUGUAGGUCAACUCACAGCUUAACUCCCCCCAGAAAGUCCAGAAAACAACACACCUUAGCAUUGUAACCUUUACUCUACUCAACCACCAGUACGACUGGUAGACAUAGAAAUGCACCUUGUCAUGCUUGUUUGAAGCAGAAAUGUUUUGCUUUUUAUUUCUAAAUACUUCACGAUAACACAACAUUAGUGUCGAUUUUUUUCCCCCCGUCAGCAAAGUAAAAAUGGGCAGCGCAAAUUUGGCACUUUUUACUUUUGCAUGUGGCAGUAGCCUAAUCCUGUAAUGGCCUACAACAGCAAUCCAACAUUAACUUUAAGUAUUAGCAGGUAGACCGCAGCAUUGAUCACUGCUUAGGGGAGGUGAGGCUCCCCGCAUUAACUGAUCCGGGUCAUUUUGGUUCGUCAAUGGUUAAUACUCAAUUGAGUAAUUUGAUCAGUUUGUAUAGGGGCAACUCCAUUUCAUACGGUACUAAAUCAAGAAUCCCAUCCUUCCUUGUCUCUCCAGUCCUCCAGUAGAGUGUGACUUCCCUGUGCGCAGGAGCGCCCCAUACAGCAGUGGCUCAGAGAUGGCCAGCUCAGCAGCAGGGAAGCCCAAGAAGAGACGGGCUGGUCGUCCUCGCCGUGCUGACGGACAGGAUACAGACUACGCUUCCUCUGGGGACGAGCUGGACGACGACAAUGACUUCGACAGGUACAGAGAGAGUAACACAAUUACGGUUAUAGUGAUAAUGGUUGUAUGUAUUUUGCUUAAUUUUAGUUGACAGCUACAAUUGAUAUUACAAGCUUGAAGUUGCUGUUGUGUGGCACAAAGUCUGGCAACGUGUUGCUGUCUAGGUUUCCACAAUAACAUUUUCAAGUGUAUUCUGUCUCUCUCUCGCUUGCGCUCCAGUGAGUUCCCCACCAUUGCCAAUGAGCAGGAACGUGUUGACUACAAGCGUGAGUUUGACCGGGAUCACCAGGAGUACAAGGACCUGCAGGGAGAGCUGGACAACAUCAACAAGAGCCUGUCAGAGGUGGACAGAGAGCUGGACGAGCUGCAGGAGGGAAGCCCCCAGUUCCUGGUGAGUUUGAGGGGAUCAGUUUGGUGAGGAAUGGGCUAAUCUUGAUCACAUAAUUACCAGUUAUUUGGGAUGCAAAGCGAUUUGUCGAUCAGUGAUUAUGUGCAGUCUCGAUGUAGUCAGUCUCAAACGUGCACUUUAACUAUAACUAGCUAGGGUCCUCUAAAGGUUUUCCUGGUCAGGUCACGUGGCCAGUAAAAACUCUGGGCCUUAUUUAUAACAUCAGCUCUGAUUGAGAUAGAGAAAAUGUCCAUGAUAUGUUGAAUAAUCUCCCAUUCACAUGCUAACUUUAGGUUGUGGAAGAAAGGGGUCAUGAGAGAGAUAGUUAUUUGAGAAGUAUAUAUUUUUGCAUUUGAAUAAUAUGUUUUUCUCCUCUACAGGAUGCUAUGGAUGAGUACAACAGGCUGAAGGACAUAAAGAAGGUACAUAUCCACAACAUUUAAGCAACGCCUCUCACAGUUAUCUGUCUGAUCUACUUCCUUAUCAUGUACUCCCUCCUGUGUCUCUUAUGAGUACUACAUCCCAGUCCCACAUUGUCAUCAAGUUUGAGAAAGUAAAUGUGGUUAUCAUGGCCCUUAUGAACUGAUUUAGAACCAGCUUUCUAUACACUUGUCCUUACCACACUUAUUAUAGUCAUAAAACAAAACUGAUCUCAGACCAGCUACAGAAUACGUAAUGUACCUUCAUUGGCCCAUUCUUCCUGUUCUACAGUCUGCAGAUUACCAGUUGAAGAAGCGCAGGUGUAAAUACCUGAAGGCCAAACUGUCCCACAUCAAGAGGAUGGUCGCUGACUACGAUCGCAGGGCCUGAACUUCCUGUCAUCUGACGUCAACCAGGAUACUACUUCCGGUUCAGAGUUGAUGCCAGAUGUAAUACUGGUGGUUUGAGUCAGAUUCUACUUAUUUAUUUGGCUCUGCUCUAGUGGCACUUAUAAUGAAGUAUAUUGAGCAUGCAUUCUAAGUGGUAUGCUCAUGUAGAUAUUGGAACGUAGCCUUUGUAAUUAGGUUUGUGGUUGGAGUAUACUGAGCGGCUUCACUGAGAAGUGUUUGUCCAAGGAUCUCCACUAUGAUUGGAUGGAUGUGCUAUGGAUCAGCCAAUUCAUAGUGUAUAUAUAGCCAGAGUAUACUACAAAGCUGUUAAAGUAUCUCACACAUACUUAAAUUUACAUUUUAGUCAUUUAGCA